GCUUAGUCAUUAAUCAGUGAGUUAUUUGACAUUUCACAACUGAUAUCCUGACGUAUUGCUAUGACUAAUGUGGAAUAUGAAGGAAAACUGUUCAAAGUAUCGGAGAAACUAUCAACCCAUGGCUCAAAAUAUGAUUACAGUCCUGUAUCUAGUGAUUGUAUGGCAUGCGCCGUACGUGUGACAAGUCGAAGACAUAAAGAAUUAGAAGAACAGGUGACAGAAUUUUUUACAUCCUGCGAAAAGUAUAAUCUUCGGUGAAUUAUCUUGGUUGAUUUUUAGAAAAGCGUUGUUGUUUGUGGACCUUUUCCAAGCAGCGAAGAUGUAUGUCACUUGCCUAAGACUCUUGCUAAAGAGAAAUACCGAAGAGCUCAGUUGCACGUAGUAACCACUAAUCAAAGGGUCAAGGUUUUCGGCAAGUGGACUGAGGAAAAAUUAUUGGCAGUAUUGACCGAUCGAUUAUUGCAAAGAGCUGCCAGUCAGCCUCCGAAACCUUAUGAAAAAAUUCCCCCACUAAAAAUUAAGCAAUUUUCUGCUGGCAUACCUUACAGUCCGAUUGUCCAUAGGGGCAUAUAUAGCAAGAAUAUUUUGGGACGAUUGUAUCGCAGCGGUGCGUCAGAAUCGCUUGUUAUAAGAGCAAUGAAGUUUGGUUUAAGACAUCUUAAGCCAGAGGAUCUGAAUUACUUCAUCGAGUUUGGAGUAUCCAUCCAAGCUUUACGAUCGCAUAAACUCUGGAAUGAAUUGACAGACGAAUCUUUAGCUACAUCUCUAAGAACUAUGGGUUUUGAUGAAAAAGCUAGCAGAAAAAUAAUAUUGAACGGCAUGCUGGCACAAAGCGAAAUGUGUCUAAUGCAAUUAAUGCUCGCGGGCGUUGAUGUUCCUGGAAUUCUUAAUUGGCAAGGAGAGAAGAUUGACGUAGGUGCUCGAAUGAUAAAAUUCUUAAGAAAUUUAGGAAUUCCAGAGGAUGUGCUGCAACUGAUUGUUCAGAAAGGAAUUGAUGAAGAGACUAUGGAGAUGUUGAAGGAUUUGGGGUACAUGGAAACAGAAGAAGAAGAAAACGUGGGAAUGCAUGAGGUAAUCAUUUGCGAAUGCGAUUUGACUGUCUUGGAGUCAGAAAUUAGUUCAGUAAAUUCGCCACACUCUAAUACUAACAGCUUCAAGAGUUUAAUUCCAAAAUCCGGUAGUAGCGAAGCAGAUUUUGAAGCCGGAGAUACUUGCGUAUGUUCUCAUGAUAUAAAUAGUUCAACUAUGUCAAAUUCAACGUCGAGUCAACAGACUCUAGUAUAUUGCAAAAAUGUGCACAUAACACCAAAAACGCUAACAAGCUCAGAACUUGUCACCGAACGAAAUGAGUACUUAAGGCGAACAGUAGUGGCACCAUUAGCUUGGGCAAUGAGCAGAGCGUUACAGUAUAGACCAUCUGAUCCAAAUCAUUACAUAGCGUGUCAACUGCUGCGUUGGAGAUAUGGGAAUGUUUCUAAAACGGAAAUGAAGACUGUAGAGGACUACGUAAUUGCUAGAACAAUCGAGAUGGACAAAAAAUUAAUGGAACAAAAACGGAAAGAAGAAGAAGAGUUGAUGGCCAAACAUAAUUUGGAAGCCUUACAAAAUAUCCCUUGCUCUCCAUGCUGGCAAAAUCAACAAAUUCACCGUAUUAAAGAGCGGUGUUGGAAAUGUAUUAAAAAAUGGGUACCUAACUACGAGACAUGCGAGUUGCCUGAGAUUUGUAGCUCGUGUAAAAUCGACUUGUCUGAAAUUUCCAAUUCUGACACGACGACAAGCAGUACUGGCAAUAAUUCAGAUACACAAAGUGCUGUACAAGCUCAGGAAGUAACGAUUUCAGAGAAUAAAAGUAUCACAUUAGACGAUCAGUACCGUUGUACACAAAACUUGGACUUGUCAAGUUAUAACAGAGUUGUCGAACUGUAUGGAGAAUCAUUGAAUUCAGAUUCUUAUGAGGAAAAUAUGCAGAUAAUUUCAAGCACGUCUGAACCAUAA